UAGAGGAAAUAAUUUCCUGAGGUAGCAGUUCUACAGUCAGGCUUAGAUUAAUCGCAUACGUUUGUUCUGAUCACGAUGCGCUGUAUGGCGUCGGUGAUAGUAGCAGUCGUUGUAGUGUUUUCUACUGUAAGUGGUCAGCCAAUUUCUGACCUUGGGUCAGUAGAAGGCCCAUAUGGAUCUUUGGAAGGACAUCCAGCGUUUUGCAAACAUAAACUUCAAAAAGAACAUCUAUUAAGGUUGGAACCUUUGCCAGGCCAAGGCUGGGACAAUUUGCAAAAUGAAGAAAGAAACAUGGUCGUCAAACACGAAUACGCUUCAUGCAAGACUACUGCGGAUGAACGGUUUCUGAUUCCGGACGGGUUUAAUGUGUAUCCGGUCAAGAGCACACACAUACGAUCAGAUUCAGAGGUGUUCGAGCAUUGGAACAAUUUUACGAGUUCGGAUUCCCAGACGAUUAACUCUAACGCUGGAAUCAACUUGCCUUUCAUCAAAAUAAGCGGAAAGUACUCAAAGGAAUAUGAGAUUACAAAAAGCAAACACUAUCGAGAAAAGACAGAGUCCAUUCGUCAACAGUAUCGCGAUUCAAGAUACCAUGCUAAAAUAGGCUCUCGGGUAACCCUUAGAAGCUCGUUUAAAGACAAGUUAUUAAAGAUUGGAAAGUUCAUCAUGGAUAAGAAACCUGACCAUGCAACAUGGGAAAGCCAGCUGCUAGUGAGAGAAUAUGGAACGCAUGUAGUGACCGGCGUGGAACUCGGGGCUUCGGUGCUGAAGGUUGAUCGGAUGAAUGCUGCGUAUAGCAGAUUGAGCGAAGAAGAGAGAUCAAUGAUAAAGUAUCAAGCAGACCUUUCUUUCAAGACUAUGUUAGACGAUCUGAAAAGGAACAAGAGUGAGAAUGCAUCGGCAGUAGAUAUGGGAUUCACCAAGGACCUGAUAUACUCAAAGGCGAGCGCACAGUUGUAUACAGAGCUCAAACGGUCAAGCGAAAUUUGGACGAAAGGUGGAACUGAAUAUUGGAUCACCAGAGACGAUGACACGUGGCUCAGUUCCAUGGAUGAGAACCAAGUUCCUCUGGACAGAUCGGGCAACCCUUUGUUUUUUUACAUCAACGACGGAACACUUCCAGACGUCCCAUUUUAUAUCAUUGACAAAAUUUACAAUAGCGUCAAGGAAGCUGUUAUUUCUUACUACGAGCAUAACGUUGUUCGAGGGUGCACUAAUCCAAAUGCCCCAAACUUCAACUUUUUGGCCAACUUUGAAGACGAAACAUGUGACCCACCAAUGAAACAAUUCGAAUUUGGCGGGGCUUAUCAAACAUGCACUCAAAGCGGAUGUUCUGGAUAUAAUCACUGCUCUAGUUUGCGAGUAAAUAAUCCAAGGACGGGUGCACAAACUUGCCCUGAUGGAUUUGAGAAAAUUUUACUAGCACACGGAACAGAUGAAAACAGGUGUCAGCGAAGUUCUACCUAUCGCUGUGGGUGGUGGUCUCGAUGCACAAGGUAUUACUACGAAAAGUCUACUCUUAAAUACAGCGCAUAUUGGUGUGCACCAGUCAAUUCCUCAAAUGACGAUAGCAUAAGAAAUAGGUAUUUGUUCGGUGGAACCUUCACAACAAACUACGCUAAUCCGGUUACACAGACAACCGGAUGUCCACCCCACUUUGAUGUCAUCAAACUUCUCGGUGACCUAUCGAUAUGCGUAAGCACCGACGUGGAACUAGGUUCCUUCUACUCCUUACACUUCGGAGGUUUCCAUACAUGCCUUACGCCAAAUCCGUUUUUAAUUGAAAACAGCAACUGCCCGGAUGGGUACAGUCAGCACUUGUCAACAAUUCGCGAUGAAUGCCAGAUUGAUGUUUGCCUUGAAAUGGGACAGUUGAAACUAGACACACUUCCGAACAUUCAGGUGCCACCUUUCAUGAGAAAACCCAUAGCAAUGAUGGAUGAGGUGGCUGGCGAAAACACCAAAUAAACAUUGAACUACAGUAGAAGUAUGAUGCACUGUUAGAGUAGCACGACGAAAAUAUAUACUGUUUAUAAUUUUAAUUAAACUCUAGUUAUCAUUAACAGCAUUAAAUUUAUUGAUGUGGGAAAAUAAUGCGGAAAGUUUCAUUGAGCUGACAAUUAUUAAUAACAAUACUGUUAAUAUAACUUAAAGGGUU